GGCCAUAUAUCUCUCUCGAUUUCGACUCCGAAGAAAGAAAGGCAAAAAAAAAAAAAAAAAAAAAGUGAGACCCAGAUAGAUCAUCAUCCCCGGUUUUUAAUUUAACGCCAAAUUCCCCCGAUUUACCAAAUCCCAAACCCAACGUACCGUCUUCCUUCGUCUCCGAUACUCUAUUUCUAAUUUCUCCCCCACUUUUGUUCCCAGAUUUGCAGGUCGGUGUUCUUCAUAUAUUUCUUUCUUUUUUCACAUCUAUAUUUGUGUAUAUGUAUGUUCACACACAAAGGCCAGCACGCAGUCUUGGGAGAUGCGUACAUGAUGAACAAUCGUUUUGUUUGUUGUUGUUUUGCUGUGUAGAUUUAGUAGUGUUUGUGGGUUUCUAAUUGUGGAAUGGGUUUAAUGCAGGCCGGGCAGUUGAGGGAGGAAUGAACGUAAACUGAUGUUUUGUUGGUCUCUUCUGGGUUUUGUGGGUUGUUGGGGGGCGGCUAACAUGCACCGCCGCUUUGAGGUGACUUACGUGGAUGUUGUUGUUGCCGGCCGGAGCUGAAGAAGGAAGACUUCCCGGCUGAUUUAGUUGCUUUCGUAAUUACGACUGUAGUAUAGUAUUGUUUGAAUAAUUGGUGCCAAGAGGAGAAUAAUAAAAGGGGAAGGAAGAAAACGAUGUCGAAUCAGGUAGUGAAGGUGAAGAGAGAAACGAUUGCGGCAUGCAUGACAUGCCCUCUCUGUAAUAAGCUAUUCAGGGACGCCACUACCAUUUCCGAAUGCCUUCAUACGUUUUGCAGGAAGUGUAUUUACAAGAAGCUGUCCGAUGAAGAAGUGGAAUGCUGCCCCAUUUGCAAUAUUGACUUGGGCUGUGUCCCCUUGGAGAAGUUGAGGCCUGAUCACAACUUGCAAGAUGUGCGGGCAAAGAUCUUCCCUUAUAAAAGGAGGAAGGUGAAGGCACCUGAAAUUCCACCCUCGAUAACUUUACCAGUGAGAAGAAAGGAGAGAUCACUCUCAUCUUUGGUAGUUAGCACUCCCAGGGUAUCCACACAAAGUGGCAUGACCGGAAGAAGAUCAAAAUCUAUUGCGAGAAAAUCAUUAAGAGGUUCCAGUUUUUCAAUUGAGAAACCUGUGAAGAAAGAGGAAGUUUCAGAAGAGCAUCCUGAGAGCUCUGGUUCACCUGAAACUCUGAAUAAAUUCGCUCAGAAUUUUAGACAGAAUUCUGCUAAUGGCGAUCCAUCCAGCCAUUCCGUAACUGGUAAAGAUACAAGCAAUGGUGCUGAAACUUGGGAAGGAAAAGUUGAUCUUUGGAAACCAUUAAAUUGCCUUGUGGAAGUUGCAAACAGGAGCAAGUCCUCUAAGUUUACUUCACAACAAUCUGCUAACAAAGCAGAAGCUCUCCAUUCUGGUGACCAUGAAGGACCUGGCCGUAAAACUAAAGGCAAAGAACAUUUACAGAGGUCAAAGGUCCAAGAUGAAAAGAAUAGCACUGAGUCUUCACUGCCAGAAUCAGACAGACCCAAGAAAUCGCGAAAAAUUCGCCAAAAGAAGCCUGCUAGCGCUUUUGGAGACACAAACGUCUCACCUCAGACUGUGCUGGAUGGUGUCACUGCUAGAUCGGAGAAGAGAACUAAUCCAAUUUGGUUUUCGCUUGUGGCCAUCAAAGAUUUGUGAGACUCUAUAUUGCUCUAUUAUACUUCAACAUAUUUUUGACAUGCUGCUUUCUGAACUUCCAAUUUCUGACUAGUUAAUAAUGUUUCAGGGAAGGAGAUGCAUCCCUGCCUCAGAUUCCCGCUAGUUACUUAAGAAUAAAGUAGGUCCUUUUAAUUUUAUUUUAGCCCAGUGAUCAAUCAGUUUGUGUUUAUGGAUUGUUAUGGUCAUUCUAUACCUUAAUUGUCUUUAGCUUCAAAUGUUGAAUUUCACUUCACAAGACACAAAAUUGGUUUAUGCAUGUUUAGGACUGCAUAUUUGGAAGCACCAUCCCUGCCUUGCAAUUGCUAGAUUUCUCUUCCAUUUUGAAAGUUCCUCUGCAUUAGAUUACAUGGGGACAUGUUUACCAUUACAGAUUGUUGCUAGCCGCUGGUAGGGUGUUAUGCCAUAGGGUUUCAAUUUGCAACCUUGGAAUAUAUGCAAACAAAAGCCGUUCCUGCAUUACAUACACUCAAAAUCUCAGUGCAUGUUUUUUCAUGCAGUUAUACUGCUUGUUAUGGAUCAGACAUGAUAUUUGAGUUUGGAAGUUUACAUCUGAUAAGAUAUUAUGAAACCCAUCCCUGUUUCUCUUUUGCUGAUUUGAACAUAACUUUUUCUGGUGUUUGAGCUCAUGCUAUUGCUUACCAUGAAAAAGCCAAUUGCUUACAACUUACUCUCUUUUGUUUAGUGAGUCCUUAAUUAACCUGAUAAAAUAGCAGACUUAUUGUUCCGCUGGUAAAAGUCAAACCAGUGCAGCGGACAUAUGUAAUUUUUGGCUUUCCUUUAGUAUUGCAUUGUUGAACAUAUUGAUGGUUGAUUCCAAGCGAACCUAUUGAACUCCACCUGCCUCACUUCUAACAUGCUUUAUUUGUUGCAGAGAUGGGAGCAUAACAGUUUCUUUUAUCCAAAAAUAUUUGAUGAGAAAAUUAGACCUUCCUAAUGAAGAUGAGGUAUGGAGGAUGUCUGUUUUCCUAACUUUGGCUUAAAUAUAUCUCAUUGAUCAUUGGAGGAUUUAUCUUCUUACGGUAUUAAGAGGGAUCAUUAUCAAUAUGGAUUGUAUGCGCUUGUCUGUAAAUUUUGUAGGUGGAAAUUAGGUGCAUGGGUCGGACAUUAGUCCCUACAUUGCCGUUAAAUGAGCUUGUCGGGCUGUGGCUUCAAAAUACAACCUCAGAGAAACUUCCAGCUAUAAUUGGUUCCUCAGCUAAGGAUUUUGUGAUGGUGUUAGCUUAUGGUCGGAAGUUGCCAGUCUCUUGAAUCUGUUGUUUGGUGCUCAUACAUUUUCCUUUUGAAAAUGAGUUAAGACUUCAUUGCGCAGUAGUUGUAGUUGCAUGGCCAUGUUCAAAAGAGAAGUGGAAAUCAUUUACUUACAUGUUACAGUAAAUUAUGAGAACUUAGCGUAUAAACAGGUAAAAAGUCAUACGCAGUGUGAGUUGUCUUCACCCAUAAGCUCCGCUGCGAUGUUUGGCUUGCAGCUGCUAAUGAGAUGGCAUGCUGUUGUUACCUGCUUGUGCGUACAAAUAUUUGUCAUGAAGAUAUAUGUCAGGAGUUUUGAAUUUUGAAGUGUCAUUUUCUGUUGUGUUUCUUCUUUGUUUAGGCAGUGGAAUUGUAAAUUCAACUCAUCAGCACCAACCAAAGGAUCCUCACCCUCUUUAUUGGAUAUUGUCUGAUUCUGUUUGACGGGUGCUUCUGGCGAUCUUUCUACUUUGUAGUUUCGUGGCUUCCCGGUCUAGACACGUGUGAUCUUGGUGUUUCUGUGUGUUUGGCGUUUCACUUGGUAAUAUGCUCAGGCACAAGCAACAUUGUACAUUCCGUAGAAAACAGAAAUGGCUUACGAUAUUUGAUCUGUUUCGAACGUAGAACAAUAUGGCUGUGUUUGACUUGAACCAAACCAAACCAAAUGGGAUUAGUUGAAGAUCAGUAUUCUAAUUUUGGAACAAGACAAUUCACAGAAGUGGUAUAAAUGUUAUCGAGCCAGAAUGUCGUUAUACCACAAACAACAGAAUCCAAACAGCUGCAUGUUUUGGGAGAUAUUCUCCCACUGAAAAGUACUCUAGAAUGUCUUGAAGAGCUUCUAAAUCCAGUACUCAAAAGUGCCAAAACAUCAAAUCUAGAACAUCACGCCUGCACAUUGAACUGACCAAAGUAUAAUAAACCUUAGAGCUAAAACAACUUGGUAAUACCAGUAAAGAAAAGAUACAAGGAGUUAGAAAACAAGAAAUGUUGCUCCCUGGUCUAUAUAUUGAGAUCAAAGUCAGUUCCCUUUUUACAACUAAACAUGUUCUAUCCAUAGAAAACAAAAAAGGUUGAACUGUAACUAGAUCACAAUUCAAAAUGGAUUCGUAUAUCCACCACGCAAUGGAGCAUUAUCAACAACCGAAACCAAUCCCCCUUCUGCAGCUUCAUCUUCAUCCAAAAACAGGUCCUCCGUGGCCCUAAACGCCGCGUGCAACAGAACCACCGCAACUCCGACUGCGACGGCGACCACCACAUUCAGCCACACCCGAGUCAACACCAAGCAAACAAUCGUCACAAUUCCGAGCGCCGCCAACACAAACCUGUCGUCCACCAUCCGAUUGAACACCACGAUUGGCUCGUCACGGUUGAAGUAGAGAAACCACCACGCCACGAACACGAUCAAGUACACAAUCAGCGAAAUUGGAUGCCAUAGCAAGCUCAGGAACAGUAGAAACAGUAUGACCAUGGCGUAAUUCACCCGGAAGUAGUUUAGGUUGCGCCUCAAUCGAGAAGUGAGCUCCCGGAGGGGGUACGGCGGAGAGUACGAAGACGGAUGAGAUAAGAGCUCCCUCCAUGAGCGGCGCGUGGCGAAGAAUGAUAGGCUGCUGGAUUUGGCGCGGGUGAAUAUACCUGGCCGGGGAGAUGACGCCGGGAAGGAGGAGUAGCCGCCGGUCGGCAUCACGAUGACCGAGAGUGGUUUCGCGGUGAUUUGUGAGGAUUUUUGGGAUCCAGUUUGGCGAAAUGUAUAAUACCCAAAGAUAGAGCCACCGUAUUAUAGUGUUAGCCCAAACGGUAAGGGCCAAUAUUGGGCCACACAGGCUCUAUUUAUGGGGCUGAUCGGCACCUCCCAGUCCACCUCGAAGGAAAAACAAAAACAAAGACAUUUUCAAGAACAACUGCGAGGGAGAUUAAAUAUUGGAAAUCAUCACUAUAUUUCAAUGGAAAUUAACAAAAUCUUCCAGCUAUAGCAUGUUUAAUUGGAAAUUACAUAAAAAUUUGUACCAAAACAAAUACUACUAGUUGUUUACAUAGACCAGGAACUUGUGAAUCAUAAC